AUGAACGCCGACGGCGACGAUGACCGGUCCUCCUUGACCCCAACCGGCACAUCCAAGUCUGCGUCUGGACAGGAAAAGGAGAAGCCUCGUCUGACCGACCAAGAGAAGAAGAGCAACCACAUUGCCUCGGAGCAAAAGCGCCGCGCAGCGAUUCGCGAGGGCUUCGACCGGCUCACAGAAUUGGUGCCUGGGCUGGAGGGGCAAGGCCGGAGUGAAAGCAUCGUCCUGCAAAAGACGGUCGACUUUAUUCACCUGAAGCUUCAAGAGCGGCAAAGCCUGAUCGCAGAGAUUGAGAACAAGGGCGGCCGGGUGGAUGAUUCUUUCCGACCAUCAUAA